AUGAAGAAGUUCGUCAAAAGCUCUGUUAAUGUGUAUCAAAAAACCAUUCAACGAUAUCCUAGCGCACUGGUGUCCAACAUCGAAUCCAGAGGUCUCGUCGGUGACACAAAACAAUCUAAGACCACCGCUGAAGGAACGGGAGGUAAUCGGGAGUCACUUCAAUCGGAACCUGACAUUAAAAAGCAACAAGCUUCAAAGCCAAUCUCUCAGGAAUACCCAAGAGCUAAGCUCGUUCCUCCGAAACGAAGCUUUACGACAUCUAACACUGGUGCCAAUACAAACUCUGCAUUCCAGAGGGAAACAGUGACAUUUGUAAAGGCGACGGUAAAAGCUGCUCUUCCACCUCCUAUGGCUAAACACCGGAAUGGCCCCGGCCAACCGGUGUUUACCUACCCUGAAUACAAUUCUCAGAAUGUUCAAUCCAAAGAGUUUCAUACGUCGUCUUGCCAAGCCAAAAAAUCCAAGUCAUCUAAGCCUGACGAUAAGGGGGCGUCAGGAGCCCCAUCUUCUUUGCCUGGUCGUCCGCCUACCACCGGUGGCGGGGCCAAGGGACAGAUCAUUGCCGUGAUUGGUGCCGUCGUGGAUGUGCAGUUUGAUGAACACUUGCCGCCGAUUCUUAAUGCGCUCGAGGUGCCUGGACGCACACCCCGUCUAAUAUUGGAAGUGGCCCAGCAUCUCGGCGAGUCUGCCUGUCGAACUAUAGCCAUGGACGGUACCGAGGGUCUGGUGCGAGGGCAGCCCAUCAUAGACACUGGGGCUCCUAUCACCAUUCCAGUGGGAGAACCCACGCUUGGCAGGAUCAUCAAUGUUAUUGGGGAGCCUAUAGACGAGCGUGGUCCCAUUGUGACGGAUCAUUUCGCGCCGAUCCACGCAGAAGCGCCACUCUUCGUCGAUAUGUCUGUGGAGCAGGAGAUUCUGGUGACGGGUAUCAAGGUCGUGGACCUACUUGCGCCUUAUGUCAAGGGUGGCAAGAUUGGCUUGUUCGGUGGAGCGGGUGUUGGAAAAACUGUACUGAUUAUGGAACUUAUCAACAACGUUGCAAAGGCACACGGUGGAUUCUCUGUGUUCGCCGGAGUAGGCGAGCGGACGCGAGAAGGCAACGAUUUGUACAAUGAAAUGAAGGUCGGCGGUGUCAUUACUGACGAUUAUAAGACGUCUAAGGUAUCUCUAGUGUACGGUCAGAUGAACGAGCCCCCGGGUGCUAGAGCUCGCGUAGCCCUGACAGGGCUGACUGUGGCUGAGCACUUCAGGGAUAAGAUGGGACAGGACGUGCUGCUGUUUAUUGAUAAUAUAUUCAGAUUCACGCAGGCGGGCUCUGAGGUGUCAGCCUUGCUGGGCCGCAUCCCGUCCGCUGUGGGUUACCAGCCGACACUGGCCACUGACAUGGGUACCAUGCAGGAGAGGAUCACGACUACCAAGACUGGAUCCAUCACAAGUGUGCAGGCUGUCUACGUGCCGGCAGAUGACCUAACUGAUCCAGCCCCAGCCACCACAUUCGCUCACUUGGAUGCCACCACGGUGCUGUCCCGAGCCAUUGCCGAACUGGGGGUGUAUCCUGCUGUAGACCCCCUGGAUUCCACCUCGAGAGUCAUGGACCCCAAUAUCAUUGGUGCUGAACACUACGCGUGCGCUCGUGGUGUUCAGAAAAUAUUGCAGGACUACAAGUCCCUUCAAGACAUCAUUGCUAUCCUCGGCAUGGAUGAACUGUCUGAGGACGACAAGAUGACCGUUGCGAGAGCUCGGAAGAUACAGCGAUUCUUGUCGCAACCGUUUCAGGUAGCAGAGGUGUUCACUGGUCACAUUGGCAAACUGGUGAAAUUGGAAGAGACUAUCAAAGGCUUUAAGAGGAUUCUGAACGGUGAGUUGGAUCAAGUUCCAGAGGCCGCGUUCUACAUGGUGGGCACCGUGGAGGAUGUCAUAGCUAAGGCUCAGGAACUCGCCAAGAACGUCUAG